AAGCGUCGGUGCGACACACCGCAACAUGUCCUCGCGGCCCAAGAGCAAGAGAGGGGAAGACGAAUCCGCAUCCAAUGCGCCCAAGAAGCAGGGCCGGUCGAGCCCUGUGGUUAAGCCGAAACGCCGCGGGAAGGAGAGGGACAAAAAGGGGACCUCCUCCAAGGGAAUGAUCAAGAUCCUCGACGAGGCGAUCGAGAACGGCGCCACGGAGGAAGCCAAGGCCAGGGCGGCGUCCACCUCGAAGAAGCAGAAUGCCCCGAUCCCCCCCAAAAAGGGCUGGAAGACCUUCGAGGAGCACGUGGAGGAAGCCGCGGUGAACGCCGAGACCAGCAAGGAGGAACGGAGAAAGAAGCGGAGGGAAGCGAGGGAAAGAGCCAAGGCCGACAGGGACUCGAGAAACAACCAGCACCGGGAGGAGGCCAAGCGACGGAUGGAGGAAGCCAGAAAGAAAAAGGAGGACGAAGCAUCGGAGAAGACGAAGUGGAUGGAGGAUUACAAGAAGAAGAAAGAAAAGGAGCUGAGGGAGGAGGAAGAGAGAAAGCGGAAAGCAGAGGAAGAGGAGAGGAAGCGACGGGAACGACUGCUGCGGGAGGAGGAAGAGAGAAAGCGUAGAGAAGAAGAGGAAAAGAAGCGCAGAGAGCAGCAGCAAAGGGAGCAAGAGGAGAGGGAACGAAGAGAACAGAAACAAAGGGAAGAGGAAGAGAGGAAGCGGAUUGAGCAGGAACUGAGAGAAAAGGAAGAAGAGAGGAACCGAAAGAAAGAAGAGGAGAAGAAGCGAAAAGAACAGCAACGAAGGGAAGAGGAAGAGAGAAAGCAGAAAGAACAGGAGCGAAGGGAAGAAGAAGAGAGACAGCGAAAAGAACAGCAACUGAGGGAAGAAGAAGAGGAGAGGAAGCGAAAAGAAGAAGAGGAGGAGAAACGAAGGAAGGAGGAGGAAGAAAGGAAGCAGAAGGAGCUUCAAGAAAAGGAAGAACUGCGAAAGAAACAAGAACAAGAAGAGCAGCAAAAACGAAAACAGGAAGAAGCCGACAAACGCGAAGUCCAGGAACGAAAGAAGCAGCAGCAAGAAGAACAGAAGAAAAGGUUCGACCAACGGAAACAAGAGGAUCCGUCGUUUGUAGAACGAAUUCCAAAGCGGAGCGCCCUCUUGGCAAUCGGCGGCAAAGCCCUGGAAGACUACGAAAAGAAACGCUCCGCCAAGGCUCUGGCCCUAUGGAAAAACGAAGGUGGGGCUAGCAACAACAGCUGGACCAUUCCAACCGGUCAGACCUUCGAUGGACUCUUUGCGUGCGAGGAUCCAGACGCGAUCGAACAAACCGAGGUCCUGGUCGAUGCCGAAUCGCUCGGGGGGGCAAUCGAAGCGUUCAAGGCCGAUCCCGAGACCUAUCUGGCGAUGCUCUACCCCAACAACAGCAACCAAUCGAACAAGAUCCCGGUCACCUACGUUCUCCGAGCCGGCACACCGGUGUUCCGACCGCUGGACGUCCGAAACGACGGGACGGGAGCCUUUUGCCUCUGGCAGCACGUCUACCAGAGGCUCGUACCCUUUGGAGAAAACAAGCUGCCACUCGACGCCCGCGAUGCCCACACGGAUUCGAUGACCUACAUGGGGCAAAAGCUCCACAGCGAAACCGGCGACCUCCAACGGCUCCCGCUCCUGCCCGGCCGGGGCAUGGGACUGGCCGACGCCCCGAGCACCAAGCUGGUGGGGCUGACGUCUCCGGUCGAGGAGGACUGCAUCGCCGAACCCAACGACAUCGUUCAGGGCAGCAUCGGGGAUUGCUGGCUCCUCUCGGCGAUUGCCUGCCUCGCUGACUUCGAUUGGGCCGUCCAGCGGCUGUUCCGAAAGACCCAAACGGCACAGCACCUGGGAGAACUCCCCACCGACGGAAGCGACGACACUCCGAGCGGCAACUCCUACACCGUGACCCUGUGGGAUCUCACUACCUGGGAGGAAGUCGAUGUGGUGGUAGACGAACGAUUGCCAAUCCGCCUUUCCAAUCCCAAUGAACUGCUUGGGGCCAGGCCGUCGAGAGACGGCAAGCUAUGGGUCCCCUAUCUCGAAAAGGCGAUUGCGAUUCACUGCGGCGGAUACGACAAGCUCGAGGGUGAGUGCGUGCGAACUUGAAUAGGAAAGGAAGACUGGGUUGUGCAUUGCUGAGUUGCGCUGCGCUGUGUUGUGCUACACUGCUGCUGUAAUAUAUUGCGUUUUGUUUUGGAUUGUUUUAUUCGCCAUGGUUUAACAAUUCAAAUAUUUCUUUAUCUUGUUCCAAUGCUUCUUCAAUGUCCGCCUUCCUGUUCCUUGCUAUUCGUAUCUUUACUGCAACACGAACGAAUGCAUAUGAUUACGCACGAACGAACCUGACAACAACAACAAUUGGUGAUCGAUCGAACAUCGAACAAUGCGCAAAAUCCGUAGGAGGAAACUGCACACACGCCUGGCCGAUGCUGACGGGAAGCCGAAACCAGUACAUCAUCCAGAGAAAUCCCAAAUCAAACAACUCCGAUGGCAACGACACAGUGACCUAUUCGUGUUCUGCAAGAUACGAUUCUUACAAAGAAGAAUGGUCUCCGCACGCUAAUUCGCCACACGACUACAAGGACGGGUCGGCAAUCUGGAGCGUCCCUUGGCCCAGGGUUGGUAGCACCAGCGAGGAUUCCGACGGUUGUCGGGACAUUACUGCAGACGAGCUCUUUGACAAGAUCGUGGCCUGGGACGAGACCAAUUACCUGGUGGGUGCAGGGACAUCCGGUCAAUCCGAUGACGAAAAGACGGACGGGAUCGUUGACAACCACGCCUACAGCGUCAUCGAUAGCCGCCAAAACAUCGGUGGGACUGGAAUUGAUUUGUUGCUAGUGCGUAAUCCCUGGGGCAAAGGUGGUGGACUCGAACACGGUAAGUACAAGGGUGACGAUUAGGUUCAGUUUCACGAAUGUAUCUUGUCUGCAUAUACUAUUGUUCAAUAUUUUCUUGUUUCUUCGCUACGAAUGCUUUCUUACGAAUGUCACCCCAACCAUAUACACACUAUGCGAUGCAAUGCAAGGCGAAUUCAUGGCUGACGGUCCAGGAUGGAAAAAGUACCCAAAGGUUCGGUAUGAGCUAAAUCCAAUCCCCGAAGAUAUGGGUCUUUUUUGGUUGACGAAGGACGAGUUUUUCAAGUACUUUCCAUCGAUCUAUCUCUGCAAAUUCAAUAUGACGAGGCUACGAGAAAAAGAUUACACCAACGAUCUACAGGACGAAUUCAAGCGCACGAAAAAGAAAGCGCAGACAACAAAGAAAAAACAGCCAACCAACGAGCCAUUGGCACCACUUGAGCCAUGGAUUGUCGACAAGGAAUCGGAUCCGAACUCGUCCUACAAAAUCGUCGAGCAAUCCUAUGACGGCGGGGUCUACUUCGACGAACUGAACAAAAGAGUGGUAAAGGGAAAAUGCAUUGUCGAUGGGGUCAAAGAAUUCCGGUCAAAUCCCGAGAAGUACCUGGCAAUCCAUUAUCAGAACUCCAUUGCAGAUGGAGGGUGGCCCGUGGAGGUCCACCAGUACACCUUGAUUUUUCGGGAAGGGACGGAAGGACUCGACGUAGACGAAGUCGAAAACAACUCCGGCAAGCGCACUUUACUCACGAAUGUGUUGCGCUAAGUGACAUCCAUUCCAGCAUCUUGCAUUUUUCGUACUUAGUUUUGGUUCACUGUGUUUUUUGAACCACCGCUUUCCAUUCACAGUACCCCUUGAGAGUGGUGUGCAAUAUGCAACGACUUCUACCAUGAUAUUUCCAAUAGCUAAUUGUCGUAAAAUUUUAUUGCGGCUAAAUGUACCGUAUCUUUUAGAAACGCAAUUUACCUACCUACGUACGUACGUAAUCGUAAUAGACUCAAUCGAUAAUU